AUAAAUAUAAUGAUAAUGAUAACAUUAGGAAACGAUAUUAGCCAUUGCUAUGUAUGUGUAUAGGUGUGUGAGCUUUAACCAAGUUCGAAUCGAAUCACUGUGUCACUCUGAUCAACUAGGCUAUAAUCUAAAGUUAAUUAGAGGAUUUUCUUUAUGAAUCAGUCCAACGGAAUUGACUGAGAGGUAAACUCAAGCAGAGAGAUUCAUGGAGGUCUUUCCUCCGGCACGAGGACAUGUCUCAUUAUGGAUCCAUCAGAGAGCUUCCGCUUUCAGGCAUUUACAAGAAGUGUUACUUUGAUGAUUUCCACCAGAACUAAGGAUGGUUUCACCUCAUACAUUUAAUCAAACAGAGGUUGAGAACACCUUCUUCUUGAUACUGACAGAAAGAUAUUGGCGUGGAAAACAUUUCGGGGGUAGAAUUACCAAAGUUCACCAAUACCCUUCUCGUAUGUCUUUCAAACACGAUUUUAAGUAGAAGGAACUGUUUCUGUUACUCAAGCAUGAUUGGUAAUGGGACAAUGUGUUCGUGUAGAAAACAUUUCCGAAAACAUUGGACAACUAUCUUCUUCAUAUUGUUCAUGUGUUGUGGUUUAUAUGCCUAUUUGUACGAAAGAAUUAAUACCACUAAGAAAAAUGCUUUCCGGAAGUCAAACGGCACUGAGAGGGACAACUCCAAUGGACAACUACAAAAUCUUGAACCCGAUGUUCCUGGAUCUAUGAAUGGUGAUAACGCAAUUUCAGUCAGAGGAAAUAUUGGUAUUUCGACAAGUGUGGUCAGAAGUAGAGACCCGGUGGGUAAAGAACUGAAGGCCAGGUUCAACAUUGGUCAUUGGAAUUCUUCAACAGUUUCCAGGGAAUACCAUCACCAUUAUCCUGUGAACUGCAGUGGGAUUAUCCAAGGGGACCCCUUAUCCCUGGAAAGAUCAAAGACGAUCCUCACUUGGACAAAUGUCGAAGGACGAACGCCAAUGCCUUCGGAUGAGGUAGUUGCAACGUGGACGCGCAACUGUGAUUAUUACAGAAAUAACCGGAAGUACCCAACUGAGGCAAUGUCACUUGAAGAAUUGGACUUUCCCCUAGCCUAUAUACUGCUUGUGCACAAGGAAGCAGCGCAAGUGGAGAGGCUGCUCCGGUCCAUCUAUCAUCCACAGAAUGUAUACUGCUUCCACGUGGAUGCCAAUGCGGACGACGAAUUUAGCACGGCGAUCCUUGGAUUGUCCCGUUGCUUUGACAAUGUCUUUGUAGCUUCAAAGCUUGAGAAAGUCCAGUACAGGGGAUUCUCUCGUCUUCAGGCGGAUAUCAACUGCAUGGAAGAUCUGGCAUCCUGGAGUGGGUCUCGCUGGAAGUAUGUUAUCAAUCUUUGUGGUCAAGACUUUCCUUUGAAAACCAACCUGGAGAUUGUACACCAGGUGAAAGCCUAUGGAAGUUACAAUGAUAUCCCUGGUGUAUAUCCGAAACAAACUGAAUGGUUUGUUAACCGGACCCGGAACCACCAUCGCGUGGUAAAUGGAAUAUUGCAGAUCACAGGAAUUGUAAAACCUCCACCACCUCAUAAUGCUAAAAUAUACUUUGGAAAUGCUUACUAUGUCGCCAGCAGACGAUUCGUGGAAUUCAUUCUCAACAACAGAACCGCUAAGGAUUUGCUAUAUUAUCUCGAAGAUACGAACAGUCCGGAUGAGCACUACUGGAUCACCAUGAGUCGUUUCCCGGAUGCACCAGGUGGAUAUCCGUACUCGUCAUGGCGAUCCUCCGCUCGGUUUAUCCGGUGGACCGUGUCGGAUGAACAUCCACCCUGCAUCGGAAAGUAUGUACGGCAAGUCUGUGUUAUUGGGUCCGGAUAUCUACCCUAUGUUACCAGUCUACCGCAUUUAUUUGUAAACAAAUUGCAUUACGAUUACGAUCCGAUUUCGUUGCAAUGUCUAGAGGAGAUGCUGGAUUACCGCACAAUAUUUCCCAAUGCAUUAGCUGAUUUCGUUCCGGUUUACCCGUUACAUGACCUUUUUCCAAAUAACCCGCAGACAGAAAAACAACAAUAUCAGUGAAAGCAACGAUGGGCAUCGGGUUUUUUUUUAUUAUGUUUUAAUUGCCCUGAUUACAUCUAGACGUUCUUCCUAGUAUCUGCGGCAUAUUUUGCAAGAAAGCUGCAGACACCGAUCCACUCAUUUCCAUCAUGUCCAUAAGUGUGCAGAAAUGAAUAUACUAAUUAACAGACGUUACGUUUGGCCACGUGUUCUUUUAAAUGCAAGUGAUACACAAGGCCAUCGUACAACUUGCAAGUACUUCUUACGUCCAACGCAGAGAUGGCCUGAGGGGUCACUCAGACGCACCCUACUGGUUUAAAAAUUGCACCUUGAUUCUGCUUAGCAUAUGCGGGGCUAUUGAAUCCUGGGUCCCAUAAAGUUACUUUGCCAUCCAAAGAUAUACUCCAUGGGAUUCUAAAAUUGAUUGCCAACUAAAUAGUGUUGACAUUGUAGUAACCAAUGGAUGGGAAAGAUUAAUAUAAUAGCAAUUGUCUUGCAAGGAGACCCCGGAUGUUUGGUGUAUACAAAUAAUUAUAUCAUGCUUUGACUAAGUGCAGCGGUAAUCAUUUGCCCGAGGAUUGACUGGCAAUUACUUUAAAAAGAAACACACAUACGGGUCAUAGGACGUUGUUUGUAGUCGGCCUAUCUGCGGUAAGCUGUGACUAAGGUCUUGGCCCACAAAGACUCGUUAUGAUAAAAAUGUAGAAUCUCUUAAUAACAAAAUUGUUUACGACGGGUGGAUUCACUUAUAGCGAUAAAGAAAUUUCAAAACGCUCCCAAAACAGUUACAUAUACCUUGAGAUAAAUAGAUGAAUAUCAUUUGAAUGAUUCCAGUAGCUUUAAAAUAUUCUUUGAAAUAAUAUGUUCUCAUAACGUGUCAUAUGAAACGACCCCAAGGUUCUAAUCAAAUCUUAUAUAGAUAUUUGUUUGUUUGUAAGGUGUCAGUAAUCGUAAAUCUGCUCAUUAAAAAUGAUUUUAUGAAAAGAUC